GUAAACAUGGCGCACUUGCUACUUCUGUUACUCGCCGGGCUCUCGGGUGGCCUCUGUCAAGAGGCGCCACAAGUCCAAAUCAGAAAUGGCUCUUACACGGGCGUCCAUCUGCCUUUACUCAACCAAGACUACUUCCUCGGCAUGCCGUUCGCGCAACCCCCUGUGCAAGGCCCCCUUCGAUUCUCGCCACCGGCUUCAUUGAACAUCUCCUGGACUGGAUCGAGAGACGCUACUCAAUUCGGCAACAUCUGCUACGGCUACGGUAACGAUAACAACAGGCUCGCGGCGCUUGGAUUCAAGAUCUCCGAGGACUGCCUGAGCAUCAACGUCGUUCGCCCCUCCAACUACACAGACCAGUCACUGCCAGUUGCCGUGUACAUCUACGGUGGCGGCUACUUCCAAGGUGGCAGCGCUGAUCCUCGGUUGAACUUCUCGUCCAUCAUUCGGGACUCUGUUGCAGCUGGGAAGCCCAUCAUUGGUGUUAGUUUCAACUAUCGUCUUUCCGCCUUUGGCUUUCUAGGAGGGUCUGAAAUUGUGGCUGCUGGAGUUGCAAACCUUGGCUUUAGGGAUCAAAGAUUGGCACUACACUGGGUACAAGGGAAGUGCUUGAUUGACACGUUCUCAGCUAACUCGUCCGUAGAAAACAUCGCCGCCUUUGGAGGAGAUCCUACCAAAGUAACCAUAUUUGGUAACAGCGCGGGUGCAGGUUCUGUCGGCGCCCAACUUCUGGCGUACAAUGGGCGCGAUGACGGAUUAUUCAGAGGGGCCAUUUCUCAGUCGGGAGCCCCUGCGGGUUUCUCGCCAUUCUCUCCGUUCCUCGACAUCGCAAAAUGGGACGAAGUUUAUGAGAAUAUCACAGUCGGCACAGGCUGCAACACGACAGAUACGCUUGACUGUCUCCGGAACGUCCCAAUCGAGGUUUUGAAUGCCGUCGUCAAUUCUACAGCCACUUCAGGAGCUUCCUACGGACUAGUGUUUGACGGUGACUUCGUGGCCGAUGCCCCAGGAGCCCAGCUGGCCAAGGGCAACUUCGUCAAGGUCCCGUAUAUCAUCGGCCACAACACAGACGAAGGAUCUGCCUUUAUCCCGGGCAACAACUUCGACAAUGCCACGUUCUAUCCAACGUCCAAGAUCGACACGGAUGAACAAUUCAGGGACUACAUUGUUUCGCUCAAGGCCAAUGAGACGGUUGCAAGUAGAGUGUUCGACUUGUAUCGCCAAAACGCAUCGGACCAGGCUCUAGCCACGUACUCAGACGAUCUCGGUGCUGAACUCGGUUAUCAGUACAAGAGAGCUGUUACGCUCGCUGGCGACUCCAAUAUCAUUGUGCCGACUCGUUAUACGGCUCAGAUGUGGGCGGCGUACAACGUACCUCUUUACAAGUAUCGAUGGGACGUCAUUGUCAGCGGGUUGCCUCGCUACAUUGGCGCAACGCAUGCGAAAGAGAUCUUCUUCGUCUUCGACGACCAGAGCAGAGACGACUAUGACGUGUGGCCUCUGCAAGGUAAGCCCAAGUCGUUCCCUGACCUAGCUGUAAUUAUGGCAACAGCAUGGGCUAGCUUCGUUGCAACGGGCGACCCGAAUAGUAAUGGAUCCGUCAACGGUACAAAUUGGCCUCUGUACAAUGGAUCCAAACAGAAUUUCGUCUUCACUGGAAACGUUACUAGCCACGUCGAGAAUGACGAUACGCGUGAGCAGGAAAUCGGCUUUCUAUCAAGUCUCUUUUGAUGUCAAGUGAAGUGGAAGUGACAGAUCAAAAUGGUGGGACGGGACCGGGCAGGAUGGACGAACAGGGCCCAUAAUAGACGUAGAGGUACCUACCUUGUCCCGGAUAACCAAUAAGAGCACAUUAGCCCCGCUGUGCCACUUAAGAGAUUAUCCGAGAUGCAAUAAGACGGAAAAUAGGUACCUGAUUUGUACCUGACAACCGGGCAGUAUCUCAAUCAACACGCACCAUGAUUAUUUACUUAUGUAUCAACCCAAAACUGCAUGAC